CACUAAUAAUUCAGAAGGAUCCCUAGCUGGUGUUGCUGUCUGGGAUGUAUUCCGCAGGCAGGAUCUUCCAAAGCUUAAUGAAUAUCUAGCUGUUCAUCAGGAAGAAUGUGCAGCUAGAUGUCAAGCAGUGUCUUCUGUUAAAUAUCCUAUUUAUGAUCAAACAGUGUACCUUAACGAUUAUCAUAAGAAGAUGUUGAAGGAUCAAUAUGAGGGACUGAAGACAAUCGAGCAGAUUACAAUGGACUCAGCUUCGGUCGAGACCAAUAUGUUCAAGCUCUGCAAGGUGAGGUCUGUUCAAUUUGGCCAAAAAGGCAUCCCCUACCUGAACACCUACGAUGGCCGCACCAUCCGCUACCACGACCCGCUCAUCAAGGCCAACGACACCAUCAAGAUCAAUCUGGAGACCAACAAGAUCAUGGACUUCAUCAAGUUUGACGUCGGCAACAUGGUCAUGGUGACUGGCGGGAGGAACACCGGGCGUGUAGGAGUCAUCAAGAACAGGGAGAAGCACAAGGGCAGCUUUGAGACCAUCCACGUGCUGCUUGGAGCUUUUUGCUAUGUCUAGUUUUCUCCUAUUUGUUGUACAGGAAAACAUAGAAUAGAAUUCAAAUUUGGUGGUCACAAAAGUGUGGAGACUUUAAUUCAUAUAAAGUUAGGCUUAACAUUAGUGCAAACAGUUGUAUUUUAUUUUAGAUUUAGGGUACACUUAUGUAUGCGUUGUUUGACAAUGCUUAUUUAUGAUAUAUUGAAUGAUACUUAUUUAUAUUAUAUUAAUUAUAAUGUUGUU